AUGCCAACAAAAAGAGAAUCUGACGACAUUGCCCAGCUUGUCAUCGACAAGCUCGAGAAAAGUAGUCAACUAAAAAAGUUUGUAAAAGAUGCGGUUACAGAGGCAAUGUCUGCAAUCAUCACCCGGCUAGAGAUGCAGGAGGGCCGGAUCAUGGAUCUUGAGGGGAGGAUAAAGGCCCAGGAGUCAGAGAUUCAACUACAUAAGGAGGCAGAAAAGAAAUCCGUGGAAAAGAUGGCAGUCUUGGAGCAAAGAAUUGAUGACCUGGAGCAAAAAUCCAGGUCACGCAACAUCAGGAUCCAAGGAGUUCCAGAGAUGAAAGAUGAGGAUCCAGAGGAGGCUGUCCUUGACGUUGGCAGGAGGAUGGGGGUCAACUUGAGUUCAUCCGACUUUGUCCGAUGUCAUCGACUGGGUCCUCCAGUAGACAAAGGAGCAAGGAGAAGUUCUCCUCGUCAACUGCUAGUGGAGUUUUCCAGCCUCCGCACCCGAGCUCACGUUUGUGGUGCCGGAACAUGUGCCGAUAUUCCUCAGGAUGUCUGUCCUUAUGGAGUUUCUGAGUAUACCGGUGAAUGGGUGAAAUAUGUUCCCAAGUACCUAACACGUGAUCACCCCGAGUACGACGUCAGAACACCACCGGAAGCACGUGACAAGGUUAACUUGUACUGCGCCCAUCCAGCUUGUUACUCCAAUCCAUGUCUUCAUGGAGGAAGCUGCAUGGAAGAACUUGACGGGUUCAGUUGCUCCUGUCCUGGGAUCUAUUCCGGAAUUCAGUGUGAACAACAUGCAUGUGACUCCAAUCCUUGUCUUCAUGGAGGGGCAUGUGUGGAGGAGCUUGAUGGCUAUAAUUGUUCCUGUCAUGGAGGCUAUGUGGGAAUUCACUGUGAGAAGCCUAUUUGUCCAGACGGAUGGGUGUAUGGAGGAACGAAGUGUUUUCUGGAAGUGGCUGGCCGACUAUCCAACUGGACUAGUGCGCGUGACUAUUGUAACGGUCUGGACGAGGUUGUACUCGGAAACGGAAACAGAGUUGGACCAUCUCUACUCCUCAUAGAGAGCGAGGAAGAGUAUGAUCUUCUCAAACUCGGCAUAUCCGACCUUUGGUACCACUACUUUUUUUUCUGGUUGAACUGUCAGGUUGUUGACAUGGAUAUUACUUGCUUCACAGACAGAGCCGGAAACACAAGUGACUACCGAAAUUGGUCUAAUGAUCCAAGUUCAUACGAGAUUACUGACUGCGUGGUUGUGGGCAUUUGGAGUGGCUCUUGGAACACAUAUAGCUGUUCGUAUCCGUACUUUUUAACCGCUUGUCAAGUGAAUGUGUUUGCCUAAAUAAAUACA